AUGGAGAAUAAAGCUAUUCUCAACCAUAAAAAUCACGGGAUACAGUCUCAUUCAUCUACUGAUCCUCUUUUUGAGCCACUUCAUCGAGCUAGUACGGCAAUUAAUAUGUGCAUAACAAGAGACGAAAAUUAUCCAGAAAUUGGCGAUAUUUUAACACAGGGAUAUUCUUCUGAUUAUAAUUUGCCUUUGCAUUUUUUUUGGAAGCCAUUUUCACGUAUUUCAGUGAUGAAUAUACCAGAUGCUAUUUUCGAACAAUAUAAUAAAACGGAGUGUUAUACACAAAUGGGACUUUUUCCUGAAAUACAAAGAGCAUGGAUUACAGUAGAUAAUAGAUUGUAUUUAUGGAAUUAUCUAAAUGGUGAGGAUUUUCAAUCUUAUGAAGAUUUGGAUCGAACAAUUAUUUGUAUUAAGUUAGUAAAACCUAGGCCUGGUGUUUUUAUUGAUUCAAUUGAAUUCUUGCUUGUUAUUUCUACGUUGAAUGAUAUUUUUCUUCUAGGUGUAGAAUAUUUAACUUCUAAAUCAUCAGAAAAUGCUAAAGAACUUGUUUUUUAUUCAACAAAAAUGUCUAUUUCUGUUUCAGGUAUCGAUGUUUUGUGCAUAGAAGGUACUGUGGAUGGGCGUAUUUUUUUUUCUGGAAAACAGGAUGAUAGUAUUUACGAGAUUUUAUAUCAAGUCGAUGAUGGAUGGUUUUCUAAAAGAUGUAGUAAAGUGAAUCAUACUGGAACUGUAAUCGAUCGCUUUGUUCCAAAAGGACUUUGGUUUAAUUGGAAAAAUGAAACAAUUUUACAACUUGUAACAGACAAUUCAAGAAAUUUAUUAUAUGCAUUAACAUCUAAGUCAUCUAUUCGUGCAUAUCAUCUAGCAAAUCAACAAAGUCUUAAUCAUGUUAUAAGCUAUUCUUACCGUUCAAUUGUUGCACAUGCUCAAAUGGUUAAUGCUAGUUCUUCUCUUUUAGAUCCACGAACAACAACUAUUAUUUCAUUAGCGCCUGUACCUUUAAGCGAGUCUAGUCAAAUCUAUCUUAUUGCUAUUACAUCUACUGGUUGUAGAUUGUAUUUAAGAGCAUCAAGAUCUAGUUGGAGCAUAAACGGGCCUCCUUCUACAAUGACAUGUACACAUGUUAGAUUUCCACCGGUUGAUUCUGAUAAUAAGCAAGAAGAUUAUAAAGUUCAACCAAGUAAUAUUUCAUAUAAGGUUUUAAAUAAUAACACUCUUUUAAAUUCUUUAUCUUCGUUUAUUUUAACUUCUAUUCGUAUUGGUCAUGUUUUCUCUCCAGGUUAUUUUUUAGCAUUUAAAUCUUCUGCUUCAGUAUCAGAGGGUGACAAACUUUUUGCUUCUGCAGCAGAUACUGGUAGAAUUCUUCAUGGAACACUUAAUAAUCAUCGUUUAUCAUUAGUUGAAACAGCUGGAUGGAUACCUUUAGAAGGUUAUGUCCAAGCAGUUUCACUACUUACACCACCAACAUAUUGUCCUAAUGAAUUGAAAACUCAGUAUAAUGUAUUUUCUCCUCAAAUAGCAGUGUUAACAAAUACUGGUGUACAUAUUAUACAAAGGAGAAAUAAUUUUCAAAUUCUUUAUUCUGCUAUAAAAUAUGGUGCAUCUACUCUUAAUGGAGUUGAAGGAGAAAUUCAAUCUUUUUUUGAAAUGGUUGGACAAGCUGAAGGCUGUGCAACAUGUUUAGGUUUGAUUUGUGGAAAAAUUGAUACAAUAUCUCAGCCUGAUGAAUAUUAUAAUACUAAAUAUUUUUCCAAUAGAAACAAUAUAUUAGCUGAUUCUGAUAUUAUUGAAAUUGCUCGGAAAUAUUAUAUUGAAUUUGGCGGUAAACCGUUUACUAAACAAACACAAUAUAAAUUUGGACAAGAAGUGUUAGAUUUGGAUAAUGUCCAACUUUCAGCUCGCCAUGAUGGCUUAGUUAUAUAUAUAGCUAGAAGUAUUGGAGAAUUAUGGAAAAAGCCAUUUAUAAAACAUACCAUCAAUAAAAAGUUAUCCAUUAAGACUUAUUCAAGCAAUUUUCCCACAACUACAUUACUUCGUAUUCGAUCAGAAUUUGUUACAUUACUUGAGUUUCUUGAUAACAAUAAAUCAUAUAUAAAAGGACUUGUUGCACCUGACCAGCUCUCUGGAUCAAUGAGUCGUUCUGAGGAGAUAUCUUUUCAAGCCGAACAUAGGGCUCUUCAUGCUUUAAUUCUAUUGAUACGUAGGAUUAUUGAAGGAUUAUCUUUUGUAUGUGUCCUUAUAGAUGAUACACCAUCAAAAUUGCAUGAUAUAAUUUCAUCUCUUUCUAAACAAAGUCAAGAUAAUUGCUUAAAGCUUACUUUUGAAGAUCUUUUUUCUAAAGAAUCAGGAAAAGAAUUAGCAAAAGAUUUGGUUACAGCUAUUGUUAAUAAACAAUUGGCUGGAGGAGGAAGUGUAGAUGCUGUUAGUGAGUCUUUAAGAAAAAGAUGCGGUGGAUUUUGUAGUGCAGAUGAUGUUAUUAUGUAUAAGGCUAUUGAACAAUUAAGACGAGCAAAAGAAAAGUUUGAAUUUAGUGAUGAAAAAAAGAGGUCUUUACAGGAAUGUCUUCGUCUUUUCAUGAAAAUUGCUUCUAAUUUGACUUUGGAAAAUCUAAAUGAAACUGUUGCUGAAUUUAGAGAUUUAGGGUUUCAUACAGGCGCUGUAGAAUUAUGCUUAGCGGUUGCUAAAGCUUUUGAUCCUGAUGAUUUGUCUUUAUCAUAUAUUAUAGAUGGGCAUCCACUAAAUGAUUUUCGACAUUAUUAUUAUACUCAGCGCAUGAAAUAUUACUCACUAAUUUUUGAAACUCUUUAUGACAUUGAUAAAAUAAUUGAAGAGACUUUAGAUAAUGAUAAUUCAAAUAUUACCUUAUUGAGAGAUGAUACAUACAAAACUGCAUAUUUAUCAAGAGAUAAAUUGUUUCAUUAUUCUCUAUAUGAUUGGUAUGUUGAACGUGGAAUGUUGGAGCGAAUUUUAAAUAUUGAAACACCAUAUGUUCAGACAUAUUUAGAAAGAAGAAGCAUUAAUGAUCUUGAUUUAGCUGAUCUUUUAUGGCAAUAUCAUUCAAAACAUGGUUCAUUUUAUGAGGCUGCACGUGUUUUAUAUGAAUUAGCACAAAGCAAUUUUCCUAUUACUUUAGGCCAAAGAAUGGAAUAUCUUAGUCGUGGAAAGGGUUUAUGUAAUUGUGAUGUUUCAUUAGAAAUUAGACCAAUGAUGAAUAAGCUGGCACAUGAUUUACAAGAAGAACUUGACGUGAUUACUAUUCAAGAUGACAUUAUUCAAUCUAUUCGUAAUGAUGAAAGAUUAAGUGUUGAGAAAAAGCAUGAGAUGAUAAGAAAUCUUGAUGGGAAAUUAAUACCUCUUACAGAACUUUUUAAUAAAUAUGCCGAUCUUUUAGGCUAUGGUGAAAUAUGUUUAGCAAUAUUUCAUGUUUCAGAUUAUAGAGGAAAAGCUGAUAUUAUUCAGUGUUGGGAAAAAAUUAUAACUAAAGAAAAUAAUCUUGCUUUUAAUAAAGAUAUUAAAGCAUAUGAAGCUAUUUCAGAGCUUAUUCGUAGAUUAGGUAGAAAAUUUGGAUCUUCUGAAAAUGUCUUUCCUCUCGAAGAUCUUGUUCCAAUGUUAGAAGUAUAUAGUUUUGAAAGACAAGAUGAUGGAGUCCCCCAGGGCUGGGUUAUAGAAUCUUUUCUUUCAGCAGGAGUUUCUCAUGGGCUAAUUUUUUCUAUUUUGGAUGAAAUGAUAGACCGUCGUGAAAGUCCUUGGCAAACAAAAUCUGCUUUAAUCUUUUUAAUUAAAGAAGCUGUACACUUAAUAACUUUAUGGGUAAAAGCUAAUACUAAAGCUGGUUUUGGACGCAAUGAGCGUCCAUUAAUGAAAAAUGAUAUUGUUUUGAUUGCUUUAAACAAAUAUUCUGUUCUAGUUUCCAAUAAUAUGAAAUUAAAAGAAUCUAUUAUAAGAUUAAUUAACGAUAUAAAUAAAAUAAUUUAA